AUGGCCGUGACGGGGGUCAGCCGCUCGAGUUGUCUAUUGACAAAUGCAAGUGCCUCCACCUCGGGCAUAGAAACAUCAAGAAACAACUACUCCAUUGGUGACAGUAUAAUUCAGACAGUAAGUGAAGAAAGAGAUCUUGGGGUAAUCAUCCAUCAGUCACUAAAUGCAAGUACCCACUGUGCGAAGGCAGUCAAAAGCGCAUACAGAGCCCUCCCUAGGGCUAAUCGACAGAACCAUUACGAACAAAGACAAAACAUCAAUCAUCAUCCAUCAGACUGUACAAAGAACUGUUGUGUGAUGGCGUCGUUGGAUUCAGUUCAAGCAUGGAGGAAUCUCCAUGAUUCAAGGCAGGUAGAUCCUGGGCGAUUUGGGGGAUUCGGUGGUGAAGAAAGAAUGGAUGAUGUAUUUGAUGUGGGAGGGACUGACUUUGAGACUGCUGGUGAAACGGAUGGGUUUUUGGGUCAAUUUGACAUCGGCGAACUUGAGGGUGAAGUUAAGAUUGACCCCAAUCAAUUCGAGGAAGGUGGCGAGUUCGACUUGAUGCAAUUCGAGGAAGGUGGCGAGUUCGACUUGAUGCAAUUCGAAGAGGGGGGUAAGUUUGACCUGGGAAGGUUUGACGAAAGUGUUGAGUUUGACUUUGGUAAUUUUAGCGACCCUGAAGAUACGGGGCUAAGUUGGUCAUGGAGCAGCGGGGGCGAACUUGACAUAGAUGACCGUUUAUUCCCAAGUCCUGGUGUAAUUUUUGAUGACAUUUCAUUCGAAGAUGUUGUGUCCGUUUUCAGCAGGGUGGUCAAAUCUGACACAAUUCUCCUCUCGGCCGGAAUCGUAUGCGAGAACUUGGCACCAGUGUCGUUUCUUCUGUCAGAAGAAGUGUUUGCCGCUUGUGAUUUAGUUGUAGACGCGGUGUCCAAUGACCGGCCCGUUACGGGUGUUGAAGAGUUCUGCGAUGAGAAGUGGGUUGAAGGGGAACAACAGGAGGGUGACGAUUUCAGAGGAGAAACGGGGGCUCCGGGAGGUGGUGAACGUAAACGGAAAAGGAGAUCGGUAGACGCCGAUGAGUCAGAAGAUGAUGAAUGGGAGGAGUUCGAAGAUGUUCCAUUUUCUGGUGUGUUUUACUGGCUUCACGAACCGCUGAGCAAAGGAUUUGGGUUUGACGUCUUUGAAUCAAACGGUACUUGCAUGGGAGUAACUGAUUACAUCCGCAGUGACUCCCAAUCAGUGAAAGACAUCGUCCGUUACAUUACGGAAGAAAUCAUGCUAUCCGUGGUGGAAAUUUGGGCAAGAGGUUGCUAUGGUAAAGAGGGUAUUUUUGGUGGAAGUGAUUUUCACUCUAUGGGGUCAUAUUUUGGAUCUGAUUCUGGGUCAGAUUCUGGGUCAGAUUCUGGGUCAGAUUCUGGGUCAGAUUCUGGGUCAGAUUCUGGGUCAGAUUCCGGGUCAGAUUCUGGGUCAGAUUCUGGGUCAGAUUCUGGGUCAGGUUCGGUGUCGUCAUGGUGGGGUGAAGGUUCAGAACUAGACUUUCUUCGUCAUAAUGUGACCGGUGUCGGUGGCAUCAUUGGUCACAUUUUAAGCGCUAUCGCCGGUUAUGAAAUUUCAUACAUUGAGCAGUGCCAUGAUUUUAAGCAGUACGGUUAUAACAACUACAGCUAUGUCAAUUGUACUGGUGACUAUUCCAAUGCUUCUGGUGACUGUUUCAAUGCUACUGGUGACAAUUUCAACGGUACUGGUGACUAUUUCAACGGUACUGGUGACUAUUUCAAUGUAACUGAUGUUCUGGUAGAUCACCGGGGUCUUGCACACAACUUGACAGUUAAUUUACUGAGUGCUUUGGAAGAUUAUGAUCUUUGUGUACAGAUUGGACAGCCAAUAUUUGGUGAUCUUUUUGGUAUCGAUGUUGAAGAAAUGUGCUUGGAUGUGGUUAGCGCCUUCAACAAUAGUGGGGGUAGCACUUACAUUGAUACAGAGGAUAUUCUUAACAAGAUCGAGGACCGAGAUGAGCAUGACAGACACACAAUAAGGGGAUCUUACGAAUCGAGCGAGUACGACUCGGUCGGGUCUGAUUGGUGGGAUGACGAAGAUCAGUUGCUUCAUUGGUACUCCGUGUUUGAGCCUCACCUGUACGGUCCAUUCGCAGUUUUGGCGGAAGUUCCCGCAGAAAAACUCAUCAAAUUAUUCGGCAGUAUGUACUCGUCGAGUAAUUCGAGUAAAGCCUUCCAGGUGAUGUGCGACUCUUUCAACUCGUCCAUAGUGGGUAGUGAUUUUGAAGCUAUGUGUGCGGCUUUAGAGAGCAGGGACUACAGUCAUUUUGAGGAAGUCUGUCAGUACUGGGGUUGGUAUGGUUUGAUUGAAGUAUUUGACUGGGAGAGGUGGGAGGAAGAGCAAGAGGAUAUAUUCAUCGACUUUUUCCUCGAUUACUGGCAUGAACAUGAGUAUUAUAUUAACGAAUAUAUAGCAUACGACGCCCUCUACACUGUAGCAUGGACAUGGCAAGUAGAUUUGCAUCCUUUUGGAGUGUGUGACUUUUUCUCCGAGCUUAUAACACUAAACCAGACUGGACUCCGGGCCGGUGCUCAUGAAGCCCUCGAUGCACUCACGGUGCGAGUAUUUUCCUGGAUUGACGAACCUUGCUGGAUUGCCACCGACGAGAAUUACACUUCGAUCUUCGAUUAUUUCAAUUCCACCGACCGAGAGCCAAUAGGUAGCCGAGAUGUCUUGUUGAAGUUGAUGACUUACCUUACCUCUUCCGAUGAUCCAGCCUCCUUCUGCCGUGGUGUUCAGGCAAUUAAUUCUAGUUUCUACGACAUCACAGCAGACGAUGUAUCGGGCAUGCUAGUCGACAUAAGAGACAGGUGGGAGGAUGUACUGAGCAGUGAAGCCACGUGUGGUGAGUUUUUCGAGUAUGCCUUCGCCAAUGAAUUGACGUUUGACGUCUACAACAACACUGGUUUCCAAAACGUCGAUGCACUGUGUGUAGCCCUUGUGGAUGCUUACUUAGGAGACGGCCCGACUGUCGAUUGGGAUGCAAUCGUCGACCCAUCAUUUGAUUUGGCUGAGUGGGAUGACAUCUUGGAUUGGACACCGGGCAUGGUCUUACCAGGAGUGUCGUUUAAGUUGAUUAUUUCUGCCUUGGGUACGGUAUGGAAUAGUGACGUGAUGGGAGCUGGGCUUGGUCUUGUGUGCACGCAGGUCAGUCCACUGAUUUCACAGUACACCGAUAUUGAGCUUCAGGAAAUUCAAGGCUUUUGUGAUUCUAUCUCUGAGAUUGAUUCCGAAUUGGUCAGAAAAGAAUGCGACGCAGUAGCCGUGCCGUUGUUCGAGGGCGAGGACAGUGACAACCGUCCCAUGUUCCGGGACAUUGAUACCGACCGAUUGCUGGAGACGUUGCUUGAGGCCAUCGGGAUUGAAAGCUAUGAGAAGGACGACGUCUGCCCUGGCAUAGAGGCCAUUCUCAACAGAGACAUCAGUGCGAUAGACUUUGGGUUCAACGUAGCGGCCGCCAUGUUUGAUUUCUUCUCAGACUACCUCUAUACGUUUUGCACGAACAAGGAGAGCUUAAUUCAGUUCAUGCUCGAGGAGGACAUCCCAUUUGAAGACAUUGACAACCUGAUAAGCAUCGCCACACGGACGCGUGGAGUUGAUGAGAUAUGCGACACCUUUCUUGAGAUAGAGGAAAGUGGCGACCAGGAAGGAAAAGAAGAUAUGCUGGAAAGCUUCAAAGAGUCCAUCUUAGACAUUCCGCAAAAUAUUGACAGAUGCAGCGUACUCGCCACUGAAGCGAUAGGUAUAGUGACGAAGGCUUUUGACAUACCCAUAAACUUUUUUACCGGAAGCUCAGCCGAUGAUUGGACGGAGAACCCCUUCUACUGGAUCACUGGAGUCGCCAGCGGGAAUGACAUGUGUAAGACGAUCGUGGAGAUAUUCACCGGAGAAGAAGCAGAGGUAUGCCGUGGUAUUUUUGACUGUGCCGGCGUCUGCAACGGUGACGCCCGGCGGGACUGCGAAGGUGUUUGCAACGGCGAGGCCACCUUGGAUUGCGCCUUCUCGUGCAACGGAGGCGCUUACAUCAAUAACUGCACAGAGUGCGUAGCAGGAAGGACUGGCCGACCGGCAGACUUCGGCACCGACAGAUGCGGGGAAUGUAAGAAGAAACAAGGCUACCGCGAAAACUGGGACUGUUACGGAACAUGUGAUGGGUUCGCCUUCAUUGAUCGGUGUGGCGAAUGCGUUGGUGGUCAAACUGGGUUCAGUUAUGACACAAACGACGGGAGGCUGGACUGUAGAGGAGUGUGUGAUGGAGGAUGGGUACAAGACACCUGUAACUAUUGCGAGCCGGCACCGAGGUUAGGCGUGGUCUACACCGGUGGUAGCAAGUACAAGGACUGCACUGAUGGUUGUAUCCGACCAGGGGUGCCACGAGCCGUGGAGAACGAGUGUGGUGUUUGCGUCGGUGGUACUACUGGACUCGACCAAGGGGCAGGGCAGAAUGUUUGCGGCCAGUGCGAGAGCGAUCCAAAUGCAGAUGAAGCCUCUUGUGCCGGAUGCGAUAAUGUCCCCAAUAGUGGUGCCGUACUUGAUACAUGUGGUGUAUGUGGAGGUGACGGCACAGACUGUGUAGGCGUUGGACUCCUGUAUCCUAACAUUGUGCCAAAUAAGGAGACGCAGAUCUUUGUGAUAGGUGCUGGAUUUACAGAAGGGUCUAUCCUGUCUUGUCUCUUCACCGGUUCUGAUGGACAGACAGCAGAGUCUAGUGCCAGAAGGAGAUCUGUUGUCGACCUUGUGUGUGAAGUCCCAGUCUUGAGUCCGGGGGAUUAUGAAGUUGGAGUUCGUCGAGACAAUGAUGUACCGACAGACAUCACAGCUACCCUUAGGGUCUUUGCAGACAUUGCCGUAGUGAGUUUGCAGCCGGAUAGUAUUAUAGUGAACCGGUCUCUGGAUACGUUCAAUGGUACUUUGAAUGUGGCAGCUGGAGCAUUCUCAACACUGCGAUCUUACUCUACCAGUGAAUGGACCGUACAGCCUGCGAUAGCAGUCACCCCUGAUGACGGAUAUCGCCAAAUAUAUUACGGUGUCUUUGAUUCUGAUGAUACCGUAACCUUCAGCUUUGGUAUGCCGUUCAACUCGAUGCAUGCAACAGUGUCUCCAUCACUCAAUGGUGGAGCGUCUAUUCUUGGUGAUAUAACACAGGAAUUUUACGCUUACUUUGAGGCUCCUACCGUCCAGGAAAUGAAGUUUUCACCAAUUGGGGCUAGUAUGUUUGUCACCUUUGACAAGCCCGUUGAUUAUGAGAGUCUGACGUCUUGCGGGGACAUCUUUGCAUCUGUCAGCCUCCUUGGCACUGGGGCUCGGUGUCUGUGGCUCAACCCAACAGUCCUGUAUGUUCUUACCGGCAGAGGGAACUCAUUGGUUGAAAUAGGGAGUGCUCUGCAGAUCAAAGCGGACUCAGUGAGGUCUUUCCGUCAGGACUACUCCCUGAGCACUGCUUCCGACAGCUUCUCCGUUCAGGGACCAGACACACCUGUCCAGCCGGUAGCCAUCCUCACCGGUCCCCCUAAGCUCCCAAGCUGUGGUAAUAUUCAGAUUGAUGCACGACGCUCUACUGGUAGCGGUGGUCGACAGAUGACGUAUACCUGGUCGGUGUCCAGCACAGGAAGCACAACGGCAUUGGAUUCAGCUUUAGCUACUGCCAAUGGUGAUAACCCAUCUUCCUUGGCCCUGGAUGGAGACCUGAUGGAUGCAGACACAGACUAUGUCUUCACCGUCAUUCUGACCAACUUCCUUGGAGGGAGCGACAAUGCGUCAUUGACUGUACACCGAACAGGCAUCGCAGCACCAGAGGUGAAAAUCCUAUCGCAAGGAGUGGAUCUGGAUGCAGUCCGUGUCUCAGACAGUUUUGAGCUGACUGCCUUUGUGAAGUUCUACUCAGCAUGUGUCCCUGCUGGUGCGACGUCCUUUGAGUGGUCAGUGGACAACAGCGAAGUGCCACUCAAUCUGAAGACACAGUUUACAAGAUCUCUGUAUGUUCCCUCAAGCAGUCUGCCAGGUGGAGAGACAAUCACUUUCACUGUACGUGUGUACAAGACGGACGCCCCGACUGAAUAUGUAGAGGCUUCGAUCCAGGUUGUUACAAUCUCCUCACCUCUAGUGGCUGUACUGAAGGGGGGCUCUGAGAUCACCGUGGGUAGAGACAGUGGGGUUGUGGAGCUGGAUGGAUCUCUGUCUUAUGACCCUGAUGAAGAGGCUAGAGACUGGGUGUAUGAGUGGCAGUGCUUACAGACAACUGAUAACAGUGCCUGUUGGUCCUAUGACUCGGACAGUAUCGGCACCUUGAUUAACAACGGUACCAACGUGGACGGAGCUUACCUGACAUUUACUGCUGAGAGUCUACAGGCUGAUAAGCAGUAUCUAUUCACUUUGAUCGUGUCUAAGCUGGAUCGAUCAUCCUCAACUUCGGUCACCAUCAAUGCCGUCAAUGGGGCACCACCCAAGAUUGUGAUUCCACCGCGUCGAGAUAAGGGUGUGGUGAAGGAUACGGAGCUGUUGUUCAUGAGCGCGUAUAUCGAACACGCUACAGAUCUGAUUAAUGUUACAUGGGAAACCACUGGCACUGAAUCAGGUUAUGGUUUUAUUGAUUUUGAAGCAUCCUCCAAUUUCUUACUACCACCGACCAUUUAUCCUGUCAGUGCAACUUCAUCGGCUGCAGUUGUGGGACUUCUACCAGGUGUUGUGAGUCGUGGUACAAGCUACUCCAUCCUCAUCACUGCUAACUCGGUGGAUGUAGCUGGACUUGUCAAGACUACCAUCAGUGUCCUGACUGGACCAACAUCUUGUGAAUUCAACCUGCCUGCCAACUACACAGAGUUUGACGAGGUAAUCUUCAGUCUUGAGAACUGCGUCUCUGAGGCUGAGCCGUUGAAGUACCAGUUGUUUGUUGAGGAAUCCGAUGGUAGCGUGUCUGCCUUCAAAGACACCACCUCAGAACCAACCUUCACUACGGUGGGUGCACCUAGAUUGACUGACUCCACAACACGUGUAUACAUCAUGAAGGUAUGUGAUGCGAAUGACAUUUGUUCUACGUAUGAGACAAACUGUACUGUCCUGCCAAAGGCUGAAUUCUCUACUGCGGAAGUAGCGGCCUACAUAGACGAUCAAGUCAACACACCAAAGUUUGCUGGUGAUUUCUCCCUGGCCUUGACUAAUCUGAACAUGGUGAGUGAUCGUGGUCUAGUCAAUCGGCGUAGACGUCGUGCAGCAAGCGCCAGUACCUCCUCUAAUACUGAGGAUCAAUUGGAGCUUAUUCAGCUGACGUUGGACGAGACUGUACUGACCACAGAUCGAGCUCAGCUUCUUCUAGAUCAGACGGCAUCCGUUGAUCCAGCAACCAUGUCACUCGCCGACCAAAGUGACUUUGUCGAUCAGCUGGAAACCAUUAUCGAUGUUUUCAUCUUAGAUGGAAGCUCGGUGCCCACCACUUCAGCUGAAACCGUGUCAAGCAAACUUGAUGUCAUUAGCGAUGGUCUACAACCAUCUUACAACGCAGCCAUGUUGAGCAGCAUCAAGAGCGUAAGGAAGAAGCUCAGUCGGUCCAUAGCAAGCUCGUUAGCCGUUGGAUCACCUCGUAAUGAGAUUAGCGGUACUGACGGUGUGUCUGCGGUUCUUAAGACACUCUUGUCUGAUCCCAUUGAUUCCAAAUUAACAGGAUCUCCAAUCUCAAUCAACUUUGGAUCAGAGUUAAAUGCACUGUAUGGUGCGGCAUGGACCUGUAGUUCAGGAAGCACAUGUUCUGGAGUAACACUCAAAAUCAAUCAUUACAAUUCCGAUGUUGAUUACUUGUCCACCAGUCAGGAUGAUAUUGACAAUCGUGCAGCUGAUAUUCUUGGCAUUGAGCUGUCGGACCCAGAGUCAGAUGUGACACUGAAUGUUUCGGGGCUGAGCACCCCCAUUGAGCUCGGCUUUACUCUGGCCAGUGUUGAUAUCGAUGUAGACUACAGUUGCGUCUAUUGGACUGGUAGUGAGUGGAGUACAGAUGGUAUGGCCACCACUGAUAACUACGACGGGACCGUGACAUGCACCACUGACCAUCUGACGGAGUUUACCCUCAUGGGAGUUCCCAGGCCGACCACUGAGGCGUCUGACCUGAACAUGACUACCCCAGUUACUUUUGGGGAUGAUUCAGGAUUGACAUUAGAAAUGAUCAUCAUUAUCUCCGUGGGAUCUUUCUUUGGUGUCAUCGUCCUACUACUGUCAACAGUCUUCUUCGUCAAACACUGCAGCAAGGACAAGAAAGGUUCCUCUUCAGGAGCAGAUGAGGAGCUGCAGCCGACAAGGCAACCAGAACCACAACCUCAGCAACAGGCACCCAUGGUCAUGGCUGUGGGGAUACCGGUCAUGGCUGCCCAGGGCUACAACCAGGGGUACAACCAGCCAAUGGGUGGUCCAUUAGAGAACCCAAUGAUGCCCGCAGCACCCAUGUACAACAUGCCACCACUGAACUUCAGCCAGCCUGCCGUGAUCGGGAACCAGUACGGUAACGUCACCGCUGUGGCACCCCCUGCUGUCACCAUGGUUGGGCAGAACAACAACCUGAUGCAGGUGGGUAUGUCAUUGGAGCCACCCCACUACGAGAAGAAGGCGACUGGUGAGAUGUCCAGUUUCAUGGAUGCUUGUACUACGGGUCUUCCCAGUGUGGGCGCCACUGAACACAUCCCCAUGAAGUCAACUGUGGCUGGUAGUAAGGCUUCUCUUACUGGUCAUCAUUAAAGAACGGACAAACAAUCAAACAGACAGGAUUAAGACAGGUCAGGUCAAGUUUUUUAUGAUCCACUCUUUUUCCAAUAGAAAGAGACCUAUUUGAUACUCUUUCAGAGCGAGUUUUGAAACAUGAUGCCAUCAGAGAGCAAACACAAAUUGGUCUUUAAAUUCCACAGAGACUUGUGCCAAAACAUAAGCUCCAAUUCAAUGUCGAUUGAUUUCAUGGCAUCUGAGUUUAAGAAUGAAUAGAAAAUUAAAAAUGUACAGACCAUUUAGAAAUGUAACGCCGUCGACUGUUUUGGACUUGAACAAAAUUGACAGUGGCAUUUUUCACCAUUUUGGCAUGAGGUUAGAGACUUAGUAUUUUUUCUCCAUUUUUUAAAGACUCUAUUUAUUGGAAAAUGAGUGGAUCACAAAACUGAAUUUCACCUUGGAGCCACUCUUAUGGUAUAAUUUUGCAUGGAACAAAUCAUUUAAAAUGACCUCCGCUCAAUAAAAAAAAUACAAAAACAAUUGAAGUUGUGAUUUGGAUAAGAAAAGAUGGAUCCUGUUCAAGUCGUUCACCAAUGAUUGUUUCGAUUCAUUUUGUAGAAUAGUGACUGGGUUGUGGUCAAGGCUCUUUCAGAGUGUUGUCUGCAAAAAUUUAGUGCCUGAACUUCUGUAAUCGGUCGUGUUUACUUUUCAUUUGAUCAAAAACAUAUGGAAAUUGAAAACUUUAGUUUUGUAGUUUGAUUCUAGAUUUCAAAACUUUUUUUUUAAAUAGAAAAUUUAUUCAAAUAGUAAACAUUUUAUCUGGUGGUCGAUGCAUGAAGCAGGCGCUUGGGAACGGGAAACGAAUAAUUGAAGUAACCCUAAUUUUGUACAUUUGAUGAAGUAACUUCAUUUCAUUCUAGGGAACCCAAUUCAAAUGUCAAAUAGACAACUUACUUGUGAGAUAUAGAAAGGUUUGCGGCAACACCAUGUAAUGACUAGCUCUUAUGAGUUGGGGUGGUUCUGAAAAGAACGGUUGGUUUCAACUCGACGUUUCGAUCAGUAUGCUCUGAUCGUCUUCUGGAGAAAGUGAGAUUUUCUCAUUUGUAAUGAAGCUUGAACUUUGUAGACUUGACCAAAAAGAGCUUGAGAACAACAUGUGUAUUCAAUAGUGUCAAGAAAUUUAAAUAUAUAUAUAUUUUGAAAGAAUUAAUUUUAUUUGAUGUGCUUAAUGAUUUUAUGGACCUCUUGUGUGUACACUUACCAUGUGGCUUGGGUUUGGGAUCUGGCUUACUUUCCGCUAAAAAGAAAUGCAUUUGUGAUUUAAAAAAAGGGCCAUAGUUACCAUGAGUCCACCAUGGUGGUCAAAUUACAAAGACGAAAUCUAAAAGUCUGUAUGGUUCAAGGUUCACAUGGAACUCACCUGGGUCUAAUUUCACGAAGCAUGUGCGCACACAAAAUUUGCUUAGCAUGUACAAAUAUUGCUUAGCAGAAUCUGGAUACCAGCAAAAAUUCCACAAAGUUGAAAUUGUGUGACUUGUACCACCUUUUCUUUUGUUAGCAUAAGAUUUGCUUGCAGUAUUUUCUGCUUAACAGUUUUAUGAAAUUGGGCCCUGUGCAAAGAUUAUGCACACAUUGUGUCAUGAUAUGAAGAGCCCCAAAAUAAUCACAAUAGGUUCGAACACCCACUCAGAAACACCAGAGGUUGAGUCCAGUGCAUAGACACACGAUUUAACUUAGCUGACAAGGCCGAGGAAACCUGAUCAGGGGUUAACUCCUUCUAUCCAAAGAUCAAGGUGAUACUACAUGUAGUUAGCAUCAUUGAAAUAAUAUGUAAAACAUGGUGUCCUUGUCAGACCACUCAAUUGUGUGACGACCGUAAUUAAAACCUAUUUGGUUGAAUGUGACAAUAAUAGAUUGUUUGAUAGGUCCAAUAUUGGCAACGGCUACUUCUAAUUACCACCACACUUCCUCUGAACUAUACAUGUAGAUUAUACAUGCUCAUUAGAUUGUAGGACUUCCAAUUACAUUGGUUUGUGAUAAUUUGAUAUGUUUAGUGUCUAGAUAACAAUUUUAAAUUUGGGUGUUGCAAUGUGUUGUUUUGAAAGCUUAAUUAAAUUUUUCACAGUUUAAUGAUUUGAUAAGUUCCUGUAACUUCUAGUUGAAUAUUAAAACGUUUGCACAAAAUUGAUAAU